UCCCAAAACCCCCCUCCUCAUCCAGUUCUUUUUACUGCUUCACAGCUACCUUGAACUUGAAGGUCUAAAACCCCAAAUCCCCAUUGUUGGGUUGUAAAGAUUGUAUCUUUAUGUUCCUCUUGCUAUGGCUGCUCUCUCUUUCAGCUUCUUUUCUACUCUCCCCAGGCAGCAUUUGCAUUGGAACUUUUACCCAAAUAUGAAAGUAAUGCAGCUUCAAGAUCUUGGACAUAAAAACAAAUGGGUUCUUAUGGCAAUCUCUAAAGAAGGAUCUCCUGAGGCUAUAGCCAAGGAGUUAUCGAAGACAGAGGUGUUUGGUGCUGGAAAAAAGACUGCCCGGAUAUCAAAACGAACUCCGGUUAUGGCUAGGAGAAAGAAAGUAGUCGAGACUUCAAAUGAUGAUCCCGUGAACGCCGAGGAAGCCGAAAAUACUUCAGGGUCAACUGAGGAACCCAAAAAAACCCAGAGACGAACUCGUAAGAAAAAAGAGAUAGUGGAGAGUUCAUUUGGCGAUUCCAUAUCCGAUGCGGAGGGUAAUGUCACUGAUGCGGAAGCUGUAACAGAACCAGAAUCAAGUGUGAAACCGAAGAAAACCCGACGAACUCGGAAGAAAAAAGAGACAGCGGAGAGCACAUUUGAGGAUUCCUUGUCAGAUGUGGAGGGCAAUGUCACAGAUGAGGAAGCCUUACCAACUUCAGGAUCAAGUGAAGGUUCCAUGGAAGUACGAAAACGAACUUCAAAGAAAGCUGUUUCUAGCUCUAGUAGCCUUGAGAAAGAACCAGCUCAGAAGGUCACAAGGCGGAGGAGAAAGAAGGUUUAUGAUUUAGAGGAUGAAGGUAGCCAGACAGAAAUUAGUGAUAUUGAAGAAGAGCUACAUGUUGCAAACAUUGAUGCCGAUAGUGAGGAAGAACUGGACUUCGAUGGUGGAGAGGAUAUUAGCUUCUCAUAUGGAUGGCCACCUCUUGUGUGUUGCUUUGGUGCCGCACAGCAUGCAUUUGUUCCUUCAGGGAGGCCGUCCAAUCGGCUUAUAGACCACGAAUGGCAUGAAAGAAUGAAAGAUGCAAUUUGGGAUCCUGAAAAAUUUACCAGGUCCCCCGGGGGAUGUUCGAGUAACGUUGCCGUGGCUCUUGCGAGCUUGGGCGGUAAAGUUGCCUUCAUGGGGAAACUUGGCGAUGACGAUUUUGGUCAGUCCUUGGUAUAUUUUAUGAAUAUCAACAAAGUUCAAACGCGAUCAGUUCGCCUUGACAGUAAAAAAGCAACUGCCAUUACACAUAUGAAAAUAGGUAAGAGAGGGGGCUUGAGGAUGUCUACCACCAAACCAUCUGCUGAGGAUUCUCUAUUGAAGUCCGAGAUCAAUAUAGAUGUCCUUAAGGAGGCAAAAAUGUUUUACUUCAAUACAUUCUCAUUGCUUGACCCAAAUAUGAGAUUAACCACAUUGCGAGCAACAAAGAUUUCGAAGAAGCUGGGAGGGGUUGUCUUUUAUGAUGUCAACCUCCCGUUUCCGCUAUGGGAAUCGGGUGAUAAAGCGAAGACAUUCAUACAGCAAGCGUGGGAUCUUGCAGAUAUUAUAGAAGUUACGAAACAGGAGUUAGAGUUUCUCUGUGGAAUAAAACCGUCCGAGAGGUUUGACACCAAAGAUAAUGACAGGUCUAAGUUCACUCACUAUCCACCGGAAGUAAUUGCUCCACUUUGGCAUGAAAAUCUAAAGGUUUUGUUCGUGACCAACGGAACUUCUAAGAUUCAUUACUACACCAAGGAGCAUAAUGGUGCUGUUCUUGGGUUAGAAGAUGUGCCUCUGACCCCUUAUACUUCUGAUAUGUCUGCAUCUGGAGAUGGUAUUAUUGCAGGUAUCAUCAGAAUGCUGACAGUUCAGCCUCAUCUUAUGACCGAUAAAGGGUACUUGGAACGAACUUUAAAGUAUGCUAUUAGCUGUGGGGUAGUAGAUCAAUGGUUACAGGCAAGGAGAUUAGGGUAUCCUCCCAAGGAAGGUAUGGAAGACGAUGUGGUCCCAGACGACCAUGGCAUCAAGUCGGUAACAGAAAGGGAAUACAGAACACUCGUGCCUAUAAGUUGAUGGUGUAUACGCUUGGUAGCCCAUUAUGCUUAUGUCAGAUGCCCUGUUUCCAUCGGAAAGUUGAAAGUUUUGGUGUUGGAAUAUUCUUUCGGGCAUCACUGUGAUUGUAGCUGUAACUGCUUGUACACAAAUUUUUCGAGUUUUGGUACAACAUGGUAUCAGAGAAAUCAUACAAGAGGGAAAGACAACAUCACCAAUUCCAUUUCCCCGAGGCUUUCUUGAUUGCUCUGCCUUUAAUGUAACAUUUGUACUAUUUUUUUGACAUAUUGGAGAAAUUUUGAUUUUUUACUAGCAGAAUAGGCUGUGCAUUGCUGUGUAUCAUAGACCAAUAUCAUUUCAUCUCCUUUUUGUUAUUUCUGAAUGCAAUUGUUUGAGUUUGAACUUUGAACCA